CCCGUGUCGAUCCUUGUGUGUUCCCUCAUUACUGCGUUCGUGAAGGAAUACCAGAAGGAACCAUCUUCUUUGCUUGUCGAAGUGGACAAUGUGAAUGAGUUGGUGCUUCAAAUUCAACCCUCUCAAUGCGAUCAGAUGGACUUACUGCGCCGUAUUGAGGAUCUGCGCCACAGACUCACUCGAGUACAAACAACAUUUUUGGCUAAAGAGCGACUUAUUCAACAGUUGUUGUUGCCGGUAAUGCGCCGCAUUUUUAUUACAGCAGACUCCGGUGCUUUGAGUCGUUACCAGAGACUGCUCUCUGGUUUACUACUUUCCAUUGAACAUCUUCGAAAAGGCCGCGAUGUUCUUAAUCUGUCAAGUAUGAGUCUUGUAAGUGGAGUGUCGAUGCGAUUGUUACAACACUGCUACUGGAUGGAUUUUGUGAGCACUGUCUUGACAGAAGUAAUGAUGGUGGCAAUGCCAAUUUCUAUUAUUCCCGGUUUGUUUACCAUGAAUGUGAAGGUCCCAUUUCAGGAAAGUAAAGGACUAAUGACAUUUUCUAUGAUUGCAUUGGUAACAGCAUUGGUGUUCUUUGUUGGAAUGAUCAAGCCCCUGUUUCUCUACAUCCGGCAUAAGCCUCCAGGCGCACUUGUACCCCCGUCGCUGUCGUAG